CGUGGACAGGGGUGAUGGUGAGUCACCAGGGCCAGCCACGCCCUGCUUUCACUUAAGGCCCCAGCAGCCAUUCCCACCACCACCACUGCCUGUGCCACUGUGCCAGCCAUGGCGGGGAGCUCUAACGUGCCCCACAAGACCCCACUGCCCGAGGGCAUCCGAGUCGGCACCGUGAUGAGAAUUCGUGGUGUCGUCCCCAAUGAGGCCGGCAGGUUCCACGUCAACCUGCUGUGCAGUGAGGAGCCGGGCAGUGAGGCCGCCCUGCAUUUCAACCCCCGGCUGGACGAGUCCACGGUGGUCUUCAACAGCCUGCAGGGCGGCGCCUGGGGCUCAGAGGAGCGCGGCUCGGGCAUCCCCUUCCAGCGUGGGCAGCCCUUCGACGUGCUCCUCAUCGCCACCGAACAAGGCUUCAAGGCUGUGGUCGGGGACUCGGAAUACCACCACUUCCGCUACCGGAUCCCGCCCGCGCGCGUGCGCGUGUUAGAGGUGGGCGGGGACCUGCAGCUGGAGUCGGUGAAGAUCUUCUGAGCCUUCCCAGGAGGGCGGGUGGGGACGGGGCGCGGGGGUCUUGCAUGGUAAAUAAAGAGCCUCUCGCCUGUG